AACUGCAAUUACGAAAUAUCAUACAGUCUCGCAACGCAUGAUGAGACAUCUUCGCAACAGUUUCUCCAAACAAGGCUCCCACUGGUGCAAGCGGCAGAGCAGAUAGCAGACGAAUUAGCUGAGGCCUCGACUCCACUCAGACCAUCGACACACAUUCCGAUCGAUGAAUUCUGGGGGCCAGAUGAUGAAGGAAAUCCGGAGCCCUGGGUGUAUGAUGAAAAUCCUGAGGCGCAUGAUGAAAGAAUCCGGAACCUCUGGGCAGUUCCGUACCCCCAGACGCAUGGCCUUAACAGGUUACCGGCUACUUACCCCGUUCCUCCUCGCGGAGAUGCCCAUCCAGCUGACAAUCCGCCUGAAGGAGAUGCCGACCCAGUUGAUGAUGCGCCUGAAGGAGGUGCGCCUGAAGGAGAUGCGCCUGAAGGAGAUGCUCACCCAGUUGAUAAUGCGCCUGACAGGGAUACCCAUCAAGCCGAUGAUGCGCCUGCACCACACCAGAGCCCCAACGAGCCAGAAGAGGGGCUCAAUAUUAUGAGAGGCCUAUGAGCAGCACAAAGAACACACAAGUGAUGCAAGAGGAACCUUGGGAUGUCAUGAAGAAGCUAUAUUGGGUAGCGCCUCGAAGGACCCAGAAACCACAACUGAGGGCUGUAUUCACUCUGUAACAGCGUUUGAUGGCAAACUACUCUUAAUGGCCAUAUUCGAAGCCUCAGCCGGAGGAAUGCAAGGUGCUGUUUGCAUGGAGGUGAAUCAUUCACACUGAGGAAAGCUUGUCAGCCAGUCGAACUCCAAAUCAGCGCAAGUUGAAGAAGUCGAAGAGACGGCCCGGAGCAGGAAGUUAAGGCUAGAGUCUAGUUGGACACUUUGGUGCAAAUAUGAAAUAAAAUAAAGCGUGA